AGCAGCUGGUGAUGCGGGAGCAACAUGGCGGCCCUGGUGCCCCGCGGCCCCUCGGGCUCCUGCUGUCUGCGUCUGGCCGCGGGCCUCCGUCUGCUUCCGAUGCUGGGACUGCUCCCGCUGCUGGCCGAACCCGGUCUGGGCCGCUUCCACCACCUGGCACUCAAAGAUGACGUGAGGCACAAGGUUCAUCUGAACACCUUCGGGUUCUUCAGGGAUGGCUACAUGCAGGUGAAGGUCAGCAGCCUCUCCGUGAACGAUCCUUCGGGGGCCACGGACAAGGACGCCACUAUCGGGUUCAGCCUGGACCGCACUAAGAACGACGGCUUUUCUUCUUACCUGGGGGAAGACUUGAAUUACUGCAUCUUAAAGAAGCAGUCUGCCUCUGUCACUCUCCUAAUCCUAGACAUCUCCAGAAGUGAAGUGAGGAUCAAGUCCCCGCCGGAAGCUGGUACCCAGCUGCCCAAGAUCAUCUUAGACAAGGAGGAGAAGGUCCUGGGGCAGAACCAUGGGCCUGAUGUGAGCGCUGCACCCACGUCCGUGUCCGAGCCCAGCGGCAACCAGUCUCGGAAAGCGCAAGGUGGCGAGAAGCCUAAGAGAAGUGCAGCAGACCCACAGGCACCAGGAGAGAAAUCCUUCUCCAUUCAUAACAAUGCUGGAGCAGUGUCAUUUCAGUUUUCCUUUAACAUCAGCACUGAUGAUCAAGAGGGACUUUACAGUCUCUAUUUCCACAAGUGCCCAGGCAGUGAGUGGCAGUCGGGUGACAAGUUUUCAUUCAGCCUUGACAUCGAGAUCACCGAGAAGAACCCCGACAGUUUCCUCUCAGCCGGUGAGAUCCCACUCCCCAAGCUGUACAUCUCCAUGGCCUUCUUUUUCUUCCUGUCCGGGACCGUCUGGAUCCAUGUCCUUAGGAAACGACGGAGUGAGGUGUUUAAGAUCCACUGGCUGAUGGCGGCCCUGCCCUUCACCAAGUCUCUCUCCCUGGUGUUCCACGCGAUUGACUACCACUACAUCUCCUCCCAGGGCUUCCCAAUUGAAGGCUGGGCUGUGGUGUACUACAUAACCCACCUGUUGAAAGGGGCGCUGCUGUUCAUCACCAUUGCCCUCAUCGGCACAGGCUGGGCAUUCAUCAAGCACAUCCUGUCCGACAAAGACAAGAAGAUCUUCAUGAUCGUCAUCCCCCUGCAGGUCCUGGCGAACGUGGCUUACAUCAUCAUCGAGUCCACCGAGGAGGGCACGACAGAGUACAGCCUGUGGAAGGACUCGCUCUUCCUGGUGGACCUGCUGUGCUGUGGUGCCAUCCUCUUCCCUGUGGUGUGGUCCAUCAGACAUUUACAGGAAGCAUCGGCCACAGAUGGAAAAGCUGCCAUUAACUUAGCAAAGCUGAAGCUUUUCAGACACUACUACGUCUUGAUCGUGUGUUACAUAUACUUCACCAGGAUCAUCGCGUUCCUCCUCAAGUUGGCUGUCCCCUUCCAGUGGAAGUGGCUUUACCAGCUCCUGGAUGAAAUGGCCACACUGGUGUUUUUUGUACUGACGGGGUACAAAUUCCAACCAGCCUCGGACAACCCGUACCUGCAGCUGUCUCAGGAGGAUGAUGACCUGGAAAUGGAAGCGGUGGUGACGACGUCAGGGGUGAUGGAGAACAUGAAGAAGGUCAAGAAGGUGACUAACGGCUCGGUGGAGCCCCAGGGUGACUGGGAAGGCACCGCAUGAGGCGCUGGCCCUGCGGACGAUGCUGUCAGAGGAGAUGUCGCUCACGGUCCUAUCCGGCAUCAGGAGUGGCUCCGGCAGCCGCCCGCAGAGCACCGCACACGGACCCCACUUCUCUUCGCUUAGGGGAACCAGGACCAGCGUGGUGAUGGCAGCCCGGACGCCCUUCAGGUGGGGGUGCGGGGAGGAGGACGAUUUGCCUCUAGUUUACUCUCUUCAAUGCGGAGCUCUAGGUACAGGCAGCCGUGACCCCGAGUGUGCGGAGCGCAGGUGUGGGUGGCCCUGGAGGUCAGGCGCUGCUUCUGGACAUGGCCAGAUGGCCGCCACGGACACCGGGGGAAAAGGGGACGGGCAUGGCAUCCUUCGGGGACAAAAGGGAACGACAUUGUAGAAGGCGAAGCAGAAGCCCGGCGUAGGACGAAGAUCCCAUCCUGGGGCUCCCCCCGAGUGUGGACCCUGUGGGCCAAGAGGCCGCCAUCGCGCUCUGCUUUCCAGAAAGGCUCAGUCCUCCGAGGCCGCCGCUGGCUCAGAGUCGCAGCCCUGGGCCACGCCUGCUGUGGGAAGCAGGUUCCUCCAUUUGUUUCUGCGUUGAGGCGGCAGGAAUGAGCUGGAAAGGUAUUCUCCAGCUGGACUUCUGGACUCCCCAGCUCUCCUGGGCCGGCUUCCUCUGUGGCUUACAUCUGCUUUAGGAUCAGAUUUGGGAGCAUUUGGGGAGGAAUCUUCCUCGAGGGGCAGCGGCGCUUAAGGGCAGCCGCAUUAUUAAAGCUUUUCUGGGCUUCUCACUGGA